GAUUGGAACGCAAUCCCGGAAGUAUGCAAGAUGCUGCAGGAUUGCAAUUGCACAGGCAUAGUCAAAGAUAUUUCUUCAUAGCCUGGAUGACCUGAGUUGGUGACAUGGAGAGAGACCAAAAGAGUGACCAUUGGGACUGGAAUAGCCCCCAUACCCGCGCACAUCUAGAAGAUCUGUUCUUCGAUCCUCAGGGUUACAUAAAAGCCAAUUCAGAAGAAAGCAAAGAAUUUUGGGCAUUUUUUGAACGUUUCCAAAGAUUUCAAAGUAUUCAAAAACCAAACCGCAAAACAAGUGAGAGGAGCCAUCGGGAGGGACAAAGACAUGAGCUUAUAGACCUUCCCAAAGAAUAUGAUCCAAGAUAUCGGAUCAAUCAGUCCAUUGUUCUGGGCAGAGACGUUGAAAAAAUUCUGCAUGGACAUCACGACAAGAGGCGUAGAUCUAGUGGGAUGCCUAAGGAUAAGCUAAAUGAAUUUAAGAAAGCUGUUCUUCACUAUCUGGACUUCAGCCAGAGGCAGAGCUUUGGAAAGUUGGCCAAACUACGGAAGGAGAGGUCAAGCUUGCCCAUCUUCCAGUACAGAGAAAAAAUUGUUAAGAUGGUUAGAGAUCAUCAAGUUGUGGUUGUUGCAGGAGACACUGGGUGUGGAAAGUCUACUCAGGUUCCUCAGUACCUGCUGGCAGCAGGCUUUGGGCAUAUAGCUUGUACCCAGCCCCGUAGAAUUGCUUGUAUUUCAUUAGCAAAGAGAGUUGGGUUUGAGAGCCUCAACCAAUAUGGAUCAAAGGUUGGGUUCCAGAUCCGCUUCGAGAGCAGCCGUUCACCAGCCACAAAAAUUGUGUUUCUGACAGAAGGUCUGUUGCUUCGUCAGAUUCAGAGAGACCAUGAGGUACCUCAGUACCAGGUUCUCAUAGUAGAUGAAGUUCAUGAAAGACAUCUUCACAGCGACUUCCUGUUGGGAGUUUUACGUCAACUGCUUGCUCUGCGGAAAAAUCUGAAGGUCAUUCUCAUGUCAGCCACCAUCAACAUCAAGCUCUUCUCUGGAUACUUUGACCAGGCUCCAGUCCUCCAAGUCCCGGGGAGACUUUAUCCAAUACAGGUGAUCUACCAACCAAUCCCCCAGGAAGAGGCAGCUUCAAAGUCGGAGAAGCUGGACCCCAGACCUUACCUCCGUGUCCUGCAAGCCAUUGAUCAUAAGUAUCCAGUAGAUGAGCGGGGGGAUUUGCUGAUUUUUCUCAGUGGAGUGACUGAAAUCAGCAGCGUGCAGGAAGCUGUACAAGUCUACGCCACCCAUACUCAGCGCUGGAUUGUACUUCCAUUACACAGUACACUGUCCAUUGCAGAACAAGAUAAGGUAUUUGACUUGUCUCCACCUGGAGUCCGAAAAUGUAUAAUCUCUACCAACAUUGCUGAAACCUCUGUGACUAUUGAUGGAGUGAGAUUUGUACUUGACUCAGGGAAAGUCAAAGAGAUGAGUUUUGACCCCAAAGCAAAAAUGCAGCGACUGCAGGAGUUUUGGAUCAGCCGUGCAAGCUCCGAGCAGAGGAAAGGUCGAGCUGGUAGAACGGGACCAGGCGUAUGUUAUCGCCUCUACGCAGAGUCCGAUUAUGAUGCUUUUGCGCCGUACCCUGUGCCGGAAAUUCAGCGCGUCGCCUUGGAUGCAUUAGUCCUGCAAAUGAAGAGCAUGGGACUGGGUGAUCCACGCAGCUUUCCUUUCAUUGAGCAGCCUCCUAUGUCAAGUAUUGAGACGGCCAUUUUCUACUUGCGUGACCAAGGUGCUUUAGGUGGCAGUGAAGAGCUCACACCCAUUGGGAAUCUGCUGGCACAGCUACCAGUGGAUGUUGUGAUUGGAAAGAUGCUUAUACUAGGUUCAUUAUUCAGCCUGGUUGAGCCCAUCUUGACUGUUGCUGCGGCCCUUAGUGUACAGUCUCCCUUUGUCCGGAGUGCGACUAACAACCCGGAGUGUUCCACCGCCAGGAAACCUUUAGAGAGCGACCACGGAGACCCCUUCACGUUGCUGAAUGUUUUCAACGAGUGGAUACAGAUAAAAUCAAGUCGCUCCAGUAACUCCAGGAAAUGGUGUCGUCGACGAGGACUGGAAGAACAAAGACUAUAUGAGAUGGCAAAUCUUCGGCGGCAAUUCAAAGGUCUGCUGAAGGACCAUGGGAUGCUGAAUGAGACAGAGACCCGAGCGGUGGACCGCUACAGCCGCCAGCGGCAGCACAAGGAGCGCAAAGAGCUUCAUCAACUGAAGAGGGAACACGAACGGUCGGAAAAACGUAAACGAAAAGUGCUCAGGCUCCAUGACCAAGAUGUGGGAUCUUCCAGCGAUGAAGAGCAAAGAUCUAAUAAAGACAAGAAGGACGGCGUAGACAUCCAGGAUGUUAAGUUUAAACUCCGUCACAAUGUCAAUGAGUUACGAGAAGCGUCUGGUGCAGGGGAGGAGCUCUCGACAAAACAGCUGUCCUUGCUGAAACUUAUUGUGUGCCAUGGCCUGUACCCGCAGCUGGCACUUCCCGACAACUUCAACAGCUGCCGCAAAGAUUCUGAUCAGGUUUUUCACACAAGGACUAAGCAGGGUAUUGUCCUACACCCAACCUCCGUCUUCUCUAGUACUCCUGAGCUGCUUCAAGUAGAGAGCGAUAGAGAAGAGGCUGCUCCAAGUGAGCCCAGGAAGAAGGGACGCAGCAGAAAGCACCAAAUAGUGGGUUUUGUCUCACUUCUGGAGACAAACAAACCCUAUCUAUUGAACUGUGUGAGAUUACCAGCUCUGCAGGGUCUUCUACUGUUGGCCCGCUCCUUGGACACUAAUGCUGACUGUUGCCGCAUUGUGUGUGACGGCUGGAUAGAGCUGAGUGUGGAAGACCCUGAAGGAGCCCUUCAUCUCAUCUCCGAGGCUGUCCGUGUGCGAAUGGCUUGGGAGAAAGUACUGCGCACCCGACUGGAGAACACGUCUAGCAGGCGAGACCCUGACGAGGAUGACAGACGGAGGAGGAGACGAGAUAUUGACGACUUAGGCCGACGGCUUGUGGAGUUUGUGCGCUCAGAGGUAAUGUACAGUAUGAGACGUCUUGCAGUUUUAGAAGCCCAGAACCUUUAUGUGGGGCCCCAGACAGUUGCCGACAGUCACAGCAUAAAGGGCUUGUUCGGCACCGAGGAAAUGGAGCCAGAUCCUGUAAAAGGAGGAUACAGCGUCACCAGCUUCUUGACAUAUAAUUGUUUGCAGAGCGACACCGAUUUCUACAGUGACUGUCUGCGCACCUUCUGGACCUGUCCUCGCUGUGGUCUGUACAUGCCAUUCACCCCUCUGGAACGUAUGGCUCACCAGAACAGCUGCGCAGAAGAGGAAACUUCGCAGGAGGCAGAAGACCCAGAAACCAAGGGUUUGUCAGUGACCGCUCUACACAAGACCUAUCACUGUGAUGUGUGCAACAUGGACUUGGUUUUGACCCCCACUGAGAUCCUCAAGCACAAGAGGCAGCAUUUGAACUCGUAGGAUGAACUUCAAUGUGGGAAUGAGCGCAUCUAUAUCCCUCUCCUCCCAUAUAGACUGUGCAUCUUCUAUAGCCACCGCCACCUUGGUCAGCUUCUCAAACAGAAGUUAAGUAUUUAAACAUCGUACACAUGGUGCCGGCCAUCCGAUUCGUGUUUGCUGCCGUCCAUGAAGCUGCUCUGCUGUGUGCUCCUGGUGCCUUUCUUCUUUGCGGGACUUCAGGCUCAGUGCCCCUCACCAGCCAGCCUUGUAGACGAUGCAGGGGAGAAGCUCUGUGCCCGUAUGUUUGAACACAGCAGUAUUUACUCUGACCAGUCCUGCGGUGGUGCCUACCCUAGAUGCCAAGAGCGGAGACGACUUCUCUUACAUGCCGCUUGGAUGGGGAAACAAGAUUUCAUCCUUGGUGGUUGCAAGUCAUUGCACCCUGAAAGUGUAGAGAAAAUCCGGCAAGGCGGGGGGCGGUGUCAACAACCGUUCCUUUAACGCUGGAGUGGUCUACCAGCUGAGGGACUACUCUAAUGGACUUUUUGGAGACUGGAAUGAUUCUACAUAAGAAGAUGCCAGGCUGAUGAUGAAGGCUGAAUAAAGGUCCGUCUAUCUU